AUGGCAGAACCAGACUCCAUCAACGCCCAGGCGAAGACGAAACGGAAGGUGCUGCAGGCCCACGUGAAGUUCUUGAAGCAGCGCUCCGCUGAGGCCAACACAUUGCUGUCUGGCACUCCAACUCCGGACGAGAUAAGUAGUCUGAUUACCGUAUUUGCUUCUACGAUAAAGAAAGGCGAGGAAUUGUUCGACUUGUUUGCUAAUGUGGUAUACGACUUUGAGGCUACAAAAAAGGGUGAUAAAGAGAAAAAGAAAUACGAUGAGCAGUAUGUCGAUGUGGUUGUGGAAUUAAUUACGGAAUGCAAUGAUCUAUUGGCACAGUUACGAGGGAAGUCAGUCCAGUCUAAAACAGCAUCACCAGUGGAGAUCAUAGAUCUGACGAAGGUCAUGGAAGCCAACACGAAAACACAGGCAGAAACAGCGAAGCUAUUAAACCAGUUUGUCUCAGAACAAGGUGCCGCCAAUGGCACUCCAGUCACAGUAUCAAGUUCAACGAAGCUUCCUGUCCUAAAAAUACCUGUGUUCAAUGGCAAUGUGUUGCAGUACCCAGAAUUCAUUGACAUGUUUGAAUCCACUAUUCACAAUAAUACCAAGCUGUCCAAUGUGGAAAAAUUAGUGUACUUGAGAAAUCACCUGAGCGAUGCAGCACUAGAUACCAUAACGGGCAUUACCUUAACGGGCAAGAAUUAUGCAGCAGCAUUAGGGCUCCUAAAAGAGCGAUUUGGAAAGCCACAAGUAAUUGCCAACAUGACGUAUCACAAGCUUGUUGCCAUUAAGCCACCAGUGAACACACCAGUAGCGUUGCGGAAGUUCCAAAAUGAAGCAGAGGCGCACUUGCGGUGUCUGAAAUCAGCUGGUUCAGACAUCCAGCAAGAGAUAAUCGUACCGCUACUGAUGUCAAAACUGCCAAAAGCGAUAAUCAUUGAUAUGGAGAAAAGAAAAACCGGUGAUAAUUGGUCUGUGGGCAAACUACUUAUGGUCUUGGGUGCAUUAAUUGACAUCCUUGAAGCAAGUGAUCACAUGGCAUCUGUACACUUCACACCUUCUAAUGGGCGGGUACACAGGGAAACAAACCAAGAGGAUUUGUCGAAACAUCCAGCCAUUGCAAAAUUGCCACUAGCUGAGCCCCUUGGCACUGAAAGCACCCAGGCUCCGAUUGACAUACUAAUUGGGAGCGACCAGUACUUUGAAUUUGUGGGUCUGGAGCAUUUGAAAUUGGGAAAUGGGAUUGUAAUGCUUGACACGAAACUGGGUUUCAUCCCGACGGGUAAAGCAGACCAACAUGAUUCAAUGCCAGAUAUCCAUGCAAUGUGCACGUCGGUUGAAAGCGAAGUACAACAUCCAGAUUUCGACCUACAGAAAUUCUGGAAGCUAGAGCAGAUUGGCAUAGAUGAAGAUAAUGGAGUCACAGAUGACACCCUAGCGUACGACAACUUCAAUGCAAAUGUUGAGUUCAUUAAUGGUCGUUAUGUAGUGUCAUGGCCAUGGAAAUUAGACCCAGAAACUUGCCUACCAGAGAACUUUGAUUUGGCCAAAGGUAGAUUGAAAUCUCUCAUGCACAGAAUGGAAAAAACACCAGAAGUACUCACGAAGUAUCACGAAACGAUACUGGGACAGAUGGAAAUGGGUGUAAUUGAAGAAGUCAACGACUCUAGCAGCGAACUACGCAGUGACAACAACAAUGGCAGUCACACUGACAACAACACAGAGAGCAGCGUACAUCACUACAUACCACACCACUGUGUAGUCAAGCCGAGCAGCACAACGACGAAGAUACGCGUAGUGUACGACGCAUCUGCCAAGACGAAGGAAGGCAACAAGUCACUUAACGAGUGCAUCCACAGAGGCCCAGUGCUGCUGCCAGACCUUUGCGGCAUCCUCCUUCGCUUUCGUUUGAAUCCCAUAGCAAUGAGCAGCGACAUCGAGAAGGCAUUCUUGCAAGUCGGCUUACAUGUCCGUGACCGCAAUGUCACACGCUUUCUUUGGGUUCGAGACCCCAGCAAGCCUCCCAGAGGUGACAACAUCGUCAUCUACAGAUUCUGCCGCAUCCCCUUUGGCGUAAUCGCAAGUCCAUUCUUGCUUGGUGCCACCAUACGACACCACAUCAGUUCUUCAGAGAACACGCAAUCGCAGGCUGUAGAGAAUAACACUUACGUCGACAAUGUCCUCGGCGGAGCGGAAAGCGUAGAAGACGCAGUAGAGUACUAUCGAGAAGUCAAGGGCAUCUUCGCUGAUGCAUCAAUGAAUCUACGGGAGUGGGCGACAAACUCCGAGUCCCUCAAGCAGCAGAUCCCCGAGAGCGAUCGCGCAAUCGCUCAACUCGUCAAGGUCCUUGGAAUGGAGUGGGACACAAACUUGGAUGAGCUAGGGCUCACUCCAAACCCAGCUGAACUCAAAAACGUUCAGACGAAGCGGCACAUGCUGAGCGUGUUAUCAUCGUUCUACGAUCCACUGGGAAUCUAUUCGCCAAUCGUAUUCCGCGCGAAGGUUCUACUUCAGGAGAUCUGGAAACUGAAGUGCAAUUGGGACGAUGUCUUGCCAGCAGCUAUUCUUACAGAGUGGCAUGAGAUAGCUCAUGACUUAUCCGCAGCCAGCCAAACCAGAAUACCAAGACUUGCGAGUUUCACUUCCAACGUUGAACCAAGGUAUGAGCUCCAUGUUUUCUGUGACGCAUCAAAGGCAGGCUACGGAGCUGUGGCGUAUCUACGCACUAUCUCGACGAACGUGUCUGUUCGCUUACUCUUUGCCAAGUCUCGUGUGGCACCGUUAAAGGAAACAACAAUACCAAGGUUGGAGUUACUCGCAGCCACGCUAGGUGCUCGAAUGAUCAACUUUUUACGGAAAGAACUCCCUCUUCAGCUCACUACGUACUUGUGGUCAGAUUCUCAAUGUGUGCUAGGAUGGGUGAAAGGGAAGGGCAAGGAUCUGCCGACGUUCGUAGCACAUAGGGUCGCAGAAAUCCGCCGCAAUGAAGACGUGCAGUUCUGUUAUGUGAACACAAGAAGCAAUCCUGCCGAUCAACUCUCACGAGGCACCACGACUGCAACCCUCCUCAAGAGUAAUCUGUGGUGGACAGGACCCGAGUGGUUGGCGGACAUGCAAUGGGCACCGGAUACUGAUCCUUGUCAAGAAGAAGUCGUUCACGCCGCUUUGUCGGGGGAGGGUCCUGCGGAGCAACAGGCGAGCAACCCCCCACCGGCUGGUAUUCGUAUUGAGAAAUCAUCAUCCUUCGCGAAAGUAAUCAGGGUUACAGCAUGGGUACAGCGUUUCAUAAAGUCAGCAAGAAAGUCUCGUCCAACAUCACCAUACUUAUCGGUUGACGAGCUUCAGACCGCGGAAAUGCUUUGGCUGAAACAUGCGCAAGCCACUGAUUACUCAGCAGAACUGGAAGCCAUCAAGAACAACAAGAAAACCAAGAGCGACUUGAUGUUCAAGUUGGGUCUCUUUAUUGAUGAAGAAGAUGGCCUAAUCAAGUGCAGAGGCAGGAUGAAGAAUGCAGAACUGCCAUCAAAUGCUAAAUUCCCGAUUCUCCUCUGCGGAAAGAGUGCGCUGACGAGAUUGAUCAUUUCCGAUGUACACCAGAGAGUUCUCCACGCCGGCGCUAGUCACACGCUUGUGGAAUUACGUAAACGCUUCUGGGUGACACGAGGUAGAAAAGAGGUCACGAAUGUAGUUAAUCAGUGCAAGGUAUGCAAACGGUUUGAGGGUGGCCCCUUUGCAAUGCCCAAGUUCGCACCUCUCCCCAAAGAACGGGUAACCCGCAGCGCACCUUUUGUCAGGACUGGCAUUGAUUACUUUGGGCCCCUGACUGUUAAAUCCAAUGGAGAAAACAAGAAAGUUUGGGUGGUACUGUUCACUUGUCUGGCAACACGGGCGUUGCACUUAGAGCUUGUACUAGAUAUGACUACUGACAGCUUUCUAAUGGCGUUUAAGCGAUUCGUCGCUCGCCGCGGUACACCGGCUACAAUCGUGUCUGAUAAUGCUAAACAGUUUAAAUUGGCUGACGUCACAAUGGAGCAAUUGUGGAAAUCCAUUAAUACCAAUGCGGAUGUAUUCUCGACACUUGCCACUAUGGGUAUUGAAUGGCGGUUUAUCGUUCAACUAUCACCAUGGAUGGGAGGGGUGUAUGAACGCCUCGUCCAGUCCGUAAAGCGAAUGCUCAGGAAAUCCCUCGGUAAACGAAUUCUAAAGGCCGAAGAACUUUGCACACUGCUGACAGAAGUAGAGGGAAUCCUCAACAGUAGACCUCUCACGUAUGUGGGUGAGGAUCUCAAUGGGUUUAUCCUCACACCAGCACACUUCUUGUGCCUCAACAACACUCUAACACUGCCGGGUGAGCAGUUAGAUACGAAUGAUCCAGAUUUCUGUGUCAAAGCCUCUGGUGAUUUACUUCUCCAGAAGUUCAAUGUAUGUCAGCAGCAGCUGAAUCGCUUCUGGCAAUUAUGGCAAGACGAGUAUCUUGCAUCACUGAGAGAGCGUGGCGAUUACCAGCUACGACAAGGACGUAUUCGUGCCAAUGACGAGCCAGCAGUUGACACAGUUGUCAUCAUCCGCGAGGAAACACUGCCCCGAGUUAGCUGGCCAAUCGGCCGCAUUGUGAAACUGCACGCAUCUUCAGAUGGUGAGACAAGAUCCGCCACCAUUCAGCUCCCUACUGGUAGGACAGUCAGACGGUCACUAUGUCAUCUUUACCCGCUGGAAUGUCCAUCAACACCAGCACAGGUGAGUAGUGAACCUGAACCAGUAUCGGCGACUGAGAGCGCAUCCAGUAGUGACGCCACCGGCACGACUCGGCCCAAGCGGCACGCAGCAGCUCGGUUUCAAGAACAGCUAGGUGAGCUUAUACGAGACGGAGCAGUUUAG